AUGGAGCCGCUUGCAACGCAGUCCGAGCUCGAGAGCUUGGCCCAUCUCUCGGAGAAUGAGAAGGCCGUAGUGGGAAAUGGAGACCGUGAGAAGAACAACCUUGGCAUCCAAGUCAACGACGUGUCCCCCCGAUUGGAGCCCAAGAACUGGGCGCCCGCAAGAAAAUGGACGGCGACUCUCUUGCUGUCGGCCUUUGCCUUCCUCCAGCCCCUGUCUGAGACCAUGCUCUCCCCAGUUGAGAAGAACAUUUCCAAGGCCCUCCACAUCACCCAGGCGUACGAGUGGCUGCUCGUCAACUCCCUGAUCCUCAUCGGCAUCGGCCUGGCCCCUCUGGUCCUAGCACCACUGUCAGAGGUCUACGGACGAAAGCCUGUCCUCAUUGUCGGAAGCAUCGUGUUCGUCGUCUGGAACACGGGAUGCGGCGCAGCCCGGACCCUGGGCCAGAUGCUGGCAUUCAGGCUGCUGUCCGGCUUCGGGGCAUCAGUCGCGGACGCCCUCGCCGGCGGUGUCAUGGGCGACCUCUGGAGGGCCGAGGAGAGGGGCAAGGCAUUCGCAGUCUUCAUGGCGGCGCCGCUCCUGGGCCCUGCGAUCGGACCCAUCUGCGGCGCCUUCAUCUCGGAGGGCAUCGACUGGCGAUGGGUCUUCUGGAUCAUAUCCAUCGCCUCGGCCGUCACCAUCGCCCUCGCAGUCGUCUUCCUGCGUGAGACGUACCUCCCGAAGCUCCAGCAGCUUGACGCCGACAAGCGGUCAAAGACGAGCGGCGGCGGCGGGACGGUGGAGGCACAGGACAGGAAGGAGAAGUUCCUGAUGGACAUGCGCGUCAACCUGCAGCGACCGCUGCGCAUGCUGACCACGCAGGUCAUCAUCCAGCUCCUGGCCGGGUACAUGUCAAUCCUCUACGGCACCAUGUUCCUGUUCCUAUUCAUGUACCCGACCAUGUGGACAAGGCAGUACGGCCAGAGCGUCGGCAUCGGCAGCCUCAACUACAUCUCCUUCGCCAUCGGGCUCAUCAUCGGCGUCACCAUCGCCGGCCGGCUCAGCGACCGCGUCUACACGCGCCUCAAGGCCCGCAGCGGCGGCGUCGGCAGGCCCGAAUACCGCAUCCCGACCAUGGCCCUCGGCACGGCCCUCGUCCCCGUGGGCCUCCUCUGGUGGGGCUGGUCCGGCGAGGCGAGGGUGCACUGGGUCGUGCCCAACCUCGGCAGCCUCGUCUUCGCCGCCGGCAUCUACAUGUGCUCCACCAGCGUCUCCGUGUACACCAUCGACGCCUACACGCAGUACGCCGCGUCGGCGGUGUCGACGAACCUCGUGGCGCGCAGCCUCUCCUCCGCCCUGUUCCCGCUCUUUGCUCCGUACAUGUUCAACGCCCUGGGAUUCGGCCUCGGCGCGACCGCGCUGGCUUGCGGGUUUGUGGUGAUUGGUACCGGCGUUGUGGUUAUCUUGUGGUUCUAUGGUGAUCGCCUUAGGGCUCGUAGCCCCUACUGUGCUGCUGAGACGGAGGACUAA